AUGGUAGCAGAAGGUCAUGCAGCGGUACUGAAUACUAAUGGAGAAGUGGAGCUGGACUCCAUCAUUAUGGAUGGAAGGACUCUAGCUGCUGGAGCUGUGUCUUCGGUGAAGAACAUCGCCAACCCUGUGUCACUGGCCCGCGCUGUGAUGGAAAAGACCGACAACAUCAUGUUGACAGACAGAGGUGCAAACAUGUUUGCUGAAAGCGUUGGCAUACCUACAGUCCCCACAGACGCCCUGGUGACAGAAUGUGAGAGAACGGAGAGGGAGAAGGCCAAGAAUUAUGCUGUUGGAUCCAAUGCAUUGGCUCUUUAUGUGGGCCACGAUACUGUUGGAGCCGUUGCUGUAGACUGUUCUGGUAAUGUUGCAUGUGCAACUUCCACGGGAAUAAGAAACAAAAUGGUGGGCAGAGUAGGAGAUUCUCCAAUCAUAGGGUCUGGUGGGUAUGCAGACAACCUGAGUGGUGCAGUAUCCUGUACUGGCCAUGGAGAGUCCAUCCUGAAAGUCACCCUAGCCAGACUCAUCCUCUUCCACGUAGAGCAAGGAUAA